GUCAACGCUCGAACUACCAAAUUUGUGGCUCGCAUUUUCAUGCUUUUAACGAACAAAUGAAAUGUUCUGGGUGGUAAUUGACCGUUGAGGAACUGAAACUGUUGUUGUCUGUGAGAUGCAGUGCCCAUUUUGCCAAGAAGAAGUUGGCAGUGAAGACGAAUUGCAGCUUCACUGUUUGGUCUGCACAUCGGCCUAUGCAGAUUCUGUUAGCGCUCCAAUUGUUCCUGGAGUGGACAGUGUUGUUGUUCGUUUUCGUUGGGUAAAAUCGAGACCAUGCAUCGAGAGAGAAGUUCACCUCAUAAGCUCGCUGGCUGGCUCUGUGACUCUGAGAGGAAAGUUUGGAGAAGGAUAUUAUGAGUCAGAAACUGUUGGGGUCCCAGUUGGAGAACACAUCUGUCAGCUUGCUAUUGGUGGUGAUGUUAUUUCCACUGAACCGUUUGAAGUCAAUGCAGACAGUGAUGUUAUUUUUGUUAUACCUCAAGAAGAUCCUUGUCAAAGUGAAUUCAGCCAUUUGACAUUUGGUGAACGUGAUAGGAGAGCAAGAAUUAGCACUGAUGAAGUGGGCUCUCCUCGACUUGAAACAGAACCAACAGAAACCGGUCACAGACUCCUACAUCUACUUGAUAUGGAAGCAAGAGAAACAAGAGAAAAUACAGCUGAAGUUGAGAAUGAGAUGAGUCCACUUUACAGGGAGCUACUUCAACAUCAGCUAAGCCAUGGUGCACCUUCUUGGGUCCCUGGAAGUGGUGUUCAGUCACCAGUAAUGUCAGAAGUGGAUUUCAGUGAUCUUGCUGGCCUGAGACGCAGCAACGAGUCCCCUUCUCUGACACCUCAGCCAGAUUCCAUGGAGGAGUUACAACCACAGAGUCCACUCCCAAUACGUCCUGUCCCUUUACAAGCAGGACAUGAGGUGGAGGGCCUGCCAGGAGACCUUUCAGGUGAAAGCGACGGUGUUCAGUCACAUGCUGGGGAGCAAGAGGAUCAGGAUCAAAGUGCAGAAAAUGAAGCAGAGGAAGUACAGGAAAGUUCCAGGCCUCCAGCAGCCCAUUUAUCCUCAUCUCCAGUCCCUAGUAGCCAUAGUGAGCAUGAAAGUCGAUUAUCAUCACGAAACAGCCCUGCUAAUAGUGUACCAAGUGAAGUAAGCGCAAGAGAUGACGUCGUAAUAAGUCCCUUACCAGAUGAGACCCUGAGGCAUGGAAGUCCACCUCCAAUAAGUGGAAAUCAAUUUACUGAAGAACACACAAAUGUUAUAUCCCCACACACGUCUCCACGGAUCACGCCAGGGGGAGGUCACCUCCCCACGGAAGAAACGGUCCAUAGAUCCUCUGCAGUUCAGACCUCUACUGAAGGUUUUGCUGUGGAAUAUGCCCAUUCCUCAUCUAGGACUAGUCCCGUGGGUUCUGUUCUUGAGACUGUUACAGUUCCUGUCACUGGCACCAAUACAUCAAACCGUGCAGAAAUGCAUAGUGAUCGUGAAGCCAACACUCUCCCUCAGAGACUCAGUCCUGCAGGAUCAGUACACAGCAGUUCCUUGUUCUCAUCUGGUUUACCAACUCCAAUUAUGUCUCCAAGAGGUCGCAGCCAGUCUGCUACGGAUAUGCCACCCGCUUCAAGAGGAAACCCUCUUGGAUCCAUACACGUCCAAACGCAGCUGCCAUUAAGACCUCAGAGCCUUGGUGGGUCUGUAAAUCUCACAGACAUGGUCCCAAUUUCAGCAAGUUUGUUAGCAGAUCUAAACCCCUCAUUGCAGCAGGAAAGUCCUCGGAUACCCAUUUCUGGUGUAGAGGGAUCGCAAUCCCCUCCAGCCAUGAGGCGAAGUCCUCCAGGUUCCAUUCAUGGCUCCAGUGUCCAACCACCAAGGGGAUUUGGAGUGGCUGAUGAUUCUUGCAGACACUCGAGCCAACGAAAUACUCCCGUACUUUCCGUUCAUAGUGGAUCUGGAAGAGGGGCCAGCCAUUUUGUAGCUCCUCCAAGGAAUUUGCCUUUGAGUGAUCAUGGGAGUGGUAAUAGCACGUCUGUAGCACACAGUCCACAACAAAGGACAUCAGGAUCAGGGAGUCCGACUCAGUUUCUCAUGGAGGCAAUUUAUGCACCAGCUACCGAGUCAGGUACAGCACCAUCGCGUACUGGCUCAGCAGAGGCACCUCCCCCUGUUACGCCAUUAGCAACUUUAAUUGGAGACCACCGAGAACGUGAAAACAGCACGCCUGUUGUGGAGGAUCCAAGACAUGGAACAUCAGGAGAUGAAAGUACAUCAGAUCACAAUCCACCUUUAGUUCCCUGUAAUGUUGCUGCCUCAGUACCACCUCUUGUAUUUUCCUCAUCAAGUUUUAGGGCAGGCCAUCGAGAAAGCGAGAACAGUACACCCAUCCUGAACCAGUCAAUUCAUAGAACAUCAACACCAGGAAGCCAGUCAGAACUUCUAGCAGAAACUACCCGCAGACAAGGUACGCCAUCGACUGUUUCCCGCCAUGGAUCGAUUCCAGGAACUCCUCCAGUACUGCCAUCAACAAGCCCGAGGGCAAGCAACAGAGGCAGCGAGAAUGGUACUCCAACCAUUCUUAGCUCAGGGCUUAGAAGGUCAGGAGCGAGAAGUCCAUCAGAACUGCUCGCAGAGAUAGCCCACAGGCGAGGCACACCUCCAGUUUCCACACAUGCCACCCAGAGGAUGGGCUCUAGCAGGCAAAGCUCGGCUUCAUCUGUCCACAGUCGACCCAAGCAUUCACCUCCUCGUGUCGUUUCUCCCCCAUUUCCUCAUGAAUCAGCCAUCCCAAGCCAUGUGAGUGCAUUUGCCGCUGUGGAUGGGCAACGCGGGGCAUCUUCAGCGGGACUAGCAUCAGAGAUAGAGGCUCUAAGAGUGGAAAGGGACUUGCUCACCAGGGACUUAAGGCAAAGGACGGCAGAGCUUAGGCAGACUCAGUCCAUAAAUCAGGACCUUCAACAGCAGAUUUUGAGCAUUGAGACUGUGGCCAAUCUAACCAAACAAGAUGGCGAGAAAACACGUGAGCUUGAGCAAACAGUACAGAAUCUCAACCGAACCCUGCGCGAUAAAGAGGAGGAAAUGGGCUCACUACAGGAGUCCAUGAGGACACUGGAGCGAACAAAUCAACAGCUGAAGGAGGAGCUGGAGAGUUUGAAAACUGUGAACGAGCUGCAACUUGAUGACAUAAAAAGAAUCAAUAAAGAUCUCGAAACGGAGUUGUCAACUACGCGGUUAGCUUUAGACUCAAGCAAAACCAAACGAGGAAGGGAGGAAGGAAAGGUUAUAGAGUUGAAAACACUCAAUAAUACGUAUGAGCAGCACAUACGGCGACUCGAAGAAGAAAAGGCAGGUCUCAAAGCAAAAUUAAAGAAAGCCAAGCUAGAGAUUGAAACAAUGAAAGCAUGGGGUAGUUCUAGACUUGGCAGAGCCAAAAGUGAAACAGACCUGUCCAGAAAAUUUGAGAAAUACCCUGCAGUCGACGAGCGUUUUUACAGAGAUCCAAAAUCCUCAAGAGCGGUUAACUUUACCACUUCGAGUCGCCACUCCUCAGUGCUCGGAACCACUCGGUUUAACUCGUGGGAUACGAAUUACACACGAUCGCCCGACAUUGAAGUGUCGUCUCCCGUGAUAAUGAACGGUCAUGGUUCGCUGAGGUCCGAAACCAAACCAAACUUUUCAUAUACGUGUUUCCGGGAUGCGCUUCCACGCGAGCCAUACACCACCAGGACCACAGUACCGAGGCACCGCGUAGGUUCCUUAGGAGAAGAAAGUGACAUGUCGGAUGAUCUAGACCACGGUGUUGUUGGUUAUCACACUGCAACUCAAUCAAGAUUGCGCCCACAAAGCCCUGAUUCUUCAGCCUCAUCUGUUGUUUCGUGGGACCGCGAUUACAGUACAGAUGAGUCAAGGUCGCCGAGGGCUAGCGCCUAUAACCAAAGUUCGUCUCUCUAUCGUGAUGAUAGAGGUGGGGGGCGUAGAGCAAGGCCGCACUCGUAUCACGGAGGAAUCAUGGACAAUCUGCACAGCAGCAGAGACGAAAGCUCUUCUUCACCUCUUCAUCGUCAUAGCGGUGCGUCAGGAUUACUCGCUUCAAAACCUCACCCUCCCUCAACCAGUGCUACCCAAUCACGUGCGAAACUCUUUGGAAAGCCUUUUGCGCCGAAUUCAAGUCAGGAUGUCCAACUGGGUAUGGAGGUGCUAGUGACUAGGUCACGUGGACAGAUUGGCCGUGGAGUAGUGAGGUAUGUCGGGCCGAUACCAGGCCGCAGAGACACAUAUAUCGGACUGGAACUGGGACCUGGUCAAGAGGGUAAACACGAUGGAUCUCUUGAUGGUCAAAGAUUGUUUACCUGUAAACCAAACCAAGGCAUUUUCGUCUCCUUUAACAAAGUAGUCAUGUGUUAUGGUUAAGGAUCAGACGACGAAGUUCCAUUUUUACUCUGUGUGUAAAGAGAAGCUCGACUGUGACAUUUGGAAGUGAGACAUCCUGCGAAAAACCUUUUAAUGAGCGAGGACAAUUCCCUACAAGAUACAUUGCAUAUCUUACAACAGGUUUCCCUUAGUGACUCAAACACAAAACUACACAGUUGGAUGGUUUUAUAGAACUUUGAGCGUUGUUUUAGAUGUUAACUUUCAGUAUUUAAUUCUAAACGUGAGACAGGUCUUUUAAAACGAUGUAAUAUUCAGACCUCGCGAAGACCCCACAUUCUACUGAUAUCAAGAAUGCGGAGAGGGCCUUUCCCUCUUACUUACUGUUGUUUUAGUCCAGCAUUCCUGUCCGGCUUUUGCUUUUAAAAAAGGUCUAAACUUAACGGUGCAUUGGAGCUGUAUCAAAUGAAUCUGACAUCGAGAUUAGUUCAAGAAGAGAACAUAAGCCCGUCUCCAUGCGCCUAAUAGGUGACCAACGUAGUUAACAGACUUUCCGGCCUGCACGACUGGUCAAAACUCAGCCUAGACUCGAAUUGAAGUGGAAAAAGAGAACGCUGAGAGGAGCGUGAAACGGUCAAACUAAUAAAACAGUUUUGCAGGAGAAAUACAGCGAGAUACGUUUUCAGAAAGCAGGGGAUGGGUGAAGUUUUUUUUUGUGUAGGCGUUUCUUUUUGUGUUUGUAUCAUACUUUCGUAAGUACUUUAUAUACCUUGAAUACGGAUGGAAGUUUUUACUUCUAUUACCAGAACAUCAUUUUAUAAACUUUACGUUCACUUUUAGAAUUAAUAACGGGCACUCUCAUCUCAGCAUUUAUUGAUGCAGAAUUUUACAACGCGUUGAUAUUUGACCUAACCUCAGCAUGACGUAAUUUAUGAUAUUUAUAAGUUGAUAUCGUACAUUCGUGGUAUAAAGGUAUAUUAUGUAUCUUGUAGAAAUCACCCAAAGCUUAACAUUGUUUUACUGCUCGUAGACUGUGGAGGUUACAGGUAUUUUCUCUACGCUCUUUUCCUCAUGGUAUUUAUAACCCAGUUUACUAUCCAACUACACUUCGUAGAGUACAAAUAACGCCGUAGACGAGUACAAAUAUCACGCGAUAUUUGUACUCUAGAGUACCGGUUAAACAGGUUUUCUCGCAUCGCGCAAGCGAAGAAUUGGAUUCUAAUUACGAAAAAACAACUGGCGGACAAUUUGAAUCAUUUUUCCGACGACCAAGAGUCAGAAUGGCUGGCAAAUAUAGAUCC